AUGUUCAACAAUAUAUUUGGCAAGAAACCCACUGUCAAGGAGCAGCAACGCGAAAAUGAUCGCAGUCUGCGGAAGGCAACACGCGACAUCGAGCGAGAGCGACGCAAAUUGGAGGAAGAGGAGAAGAAAUUGAUGUUGGAUAUCAAACGGAAUGCAGCCUCUGGCAAUAACGAUGCAUGCCGCAUUUUGGCCAAACAAUUGGUGGAGAUACGAAAGCAGAAAUCACGCAGCUAUGCAGCUUCUGGCAAAAUACAAUCCAUUGGAUAUCAGAACAAAAACAUGGGCGCCAACAUUGCACUGGGUGAAGCCAUGGGCACCACGGCCAAGACAAUGGCCAGCAUGAAUAAGGUGAUGCGACCGGAAGCCAUAGCGGGCACUGUGCGCGACUUCCAGCAGGCGAAUAUGCGAAUGGAGAUGACCGACGAGAUGAUCAACGAUACUCUCGAUGAUAUGCUUAACGAAUCGGGUGACGAGGAGGAGUCCAACGAUGUGGUCAACAAGGUACUCGAUGAAAUUGGCAUUGAAAUCUCUGGCAAGAUGUCGGGCAUACCAUCAACGGGCACGGACGAUCUUGAAGUAAGCACCUCGGCGGGCAAACGUACCGAAAAGGACAUUGCAGACCAGCUGGCAAAAUUACGUUCUUCAUAG